AGAAGCUGUUGGACCAAAGUCCUGUGGAAAUUGCAUGGUCUAGGGGAGACGAAGCAGAGCAGCUUUUUCUCCUUCUGCAGUCACCUUCACCACUUACAACACAAGCUCCAUCCAGAUCUAUUGUUCGUCCUUGGCUGUUUCAGGAGAAAUGUAAGAGAGCAGCUCUGGGCAUUCACAUUUACUUGGCAGAAGCUCUGUGGACCCACCCCUGUAGCUGAACACUAUCAGCAGAGGGAAUGUUCAACUACCUCCGGAAACGCUUUACCAGCCACAUCAGAGAACGCAGUCGGCGAAGAGCAAGGCUUGUCUCCAAAGAUGGAAGGUGUAACAUAGAGUUUGGCAAUGUAGAACAGUCAAGGUUUGUCUUUUUGAUUGAUAUAUGGACAACUAUCCUGGAUCUCAAGUGGAGAUACAAAAUGACUAUCUUCAUUUCAGCGUUCUUAGGCAGCUGGUUUCUGUUUGGUCUCCUUUGGUACGUUGUGGCAUACAUACACAAAGAUCUUCCAGAAUUCAAUCCUUCCAUAAAUCACACCCCCUGUGUUGAGAAUAUCAACGGCCUGACUUCAGCUUUCCUGUUCUCCUUGGAGACCCAGGUAACCAUCGGUUACGGCUUCAGAUGCGUCACAGAACAAUGUGCCACUGCCAUUUUCCUGCUCAUCUUCCAGUCUAUCUUGGGGGUAAUCAUCAAUUCUUUUAUGUGUGGUGCCAUCUUGGCCAAGAUAUCGAGGUCCAAGAACCGGGCUAAGACUAUCACCUUCAGCAAACACGCUGUCAUCAGCAAACGCGGUGGGAAGCUCUGCCUCCUUAUUCGGGUGGCAAACCUCAGGAAGAGUCUGCUGAUUGGGAGCCACAUCUAUGGGAAGCUUCUGAAGACCACCAUUACCCCAGAAGGAGAGACAAUCAUUUUGGACCAGGUCAACAUAGAAUUUGUAGUUGAUGCUGGCAAUGAGAAUCUCUUCUUCAUUUCCCCAUUAACUAUUUAUCAUAUCAUAGAUAAGAACAGCCCAUUCUUCCACAUGGCAGCAGAGACCAUCCUGCAGCAAGAUUUUGAACUGGUGGUGUUUUUAGAUGGCACUGUUGAAGCCACCAGUGCUACCUGCCAAGUGAGGACAUCCUACAUCCCAGAAGAGGUGCUCUGGGGUUAUCGCUUUGCUCCCAUUGUGUCCAAAACCAAAGAAGGGAAAUACAGAGUAGACUUCCAGAACUUCAGCAAGACAGUGGCUGUGGAGACUCCCCACUGCGCCUUCUGUCUCUACAAUGAGAAAGAAGCUAAAGCCAAAGAGAAGAAAGGUUAUGACAAUCCUGGUUUUGUCUUGUCAGAAGUUAGUGAAACCAGUGACACAAAAAUGUAGUUCCAGAUAUUCACAGGACUGUAUAUUUUCUUAUAAUGAAUUUGAUCUUGAGAGGAUUAAUAACUUAGUAAAACAAAAAUGAAACACACAGGUUUGGUUUUACUCUAAAACAGCAUUUAUCUUCUCAAAAGACUCAAAAUCAAAGAGGACCAGAGUACCAGUGAUCUUCAGAACACUAUUUAACUAUGCGCUAUAUAUAUAUUUCAUAGAAUUUAUAUUUUUAUACCUAUGGGACAUUUAAUGAAGCUGCUAUGUUAGAGUGCCCAACUCAUUUAAGUUCCCAAAGUCACGAAGUCUGUUGAAAAGCCUGAACAGAUAGUGAGAAGCUUUAGGACUUGAUAAAGAAUCAGAGCUGCUGGAAAGAGAACAUCAAAAGGGGAUACAGAAGGCAGAACUAAAGAAG